ACCAUCCGCCAUUACUAAGCAUCUUCGAUCACGGGGACUGUGAGAGUGUGUGUAGAAUUUAAUAGUUCAAUUUGUUUGUAUUAAUUUCGUUUCUUAGAGAACCGUAAACUUUUUAAUUAUCGUAAGAAAUCUGUGUUCACUGUGAUGGAUUCAACUACAAGUGGGCAACGAAAGCUGACUCCUCGCGGAGCGAUGCCAACCGGUCUGGUACGACAGAAAAUGUUAGCAGUUCCUCAUGCAGAUGGAAAGGUUGUAAGCGCCAGCAGUCAGUGUGACUCUGGAUUUGGUGACGACGAAGAAUUACGCUCUCGAAGCAUAGAAAGAAACAAUGAAUUCACCAGCUUGCGCAGUGUAGAGGAGAGGACCGAAAAUUUGUCGAUCGAGGACCCUGAUACUGAUAACCGACACCCUUCCUUGGAAUCACAAGAUUCAUCGCUUCUGAAAAACGAAGAACUUUAUCUAAACUAUGCUCACACUAAUGACGUGAGGUAUCUAUUAGCCCAGGACCAUGUUAGAAAGCAGUUAUACCUUCAAGACGACGAUGGUGACACAGCUCUUCAUUUGUCGAUUAUAAAUAUGAAACCAAUGGAAACAGAUGCGAUAAUCUCAGUUGCGCCGUGUAGAGAAUGCCUCGACAUUUACAACGAUCUGAAACAGACACCUCUUCACCUAGCGACAAUCACCCGACAGCCCGCCGCAAUCCGCAGACUUCUGGAAGCCGGAGCUUCGCCAAACAUUCCCGAUCGCAAUGGUAGAACAGCUUUACAUUUAGCUUGUGAUCAAGGAGACAUUGACUGCGUAAAGGAGAUUUUAAGACCUCUGCACGACAAACGAUGGGGUGACGAAAUGAAAGAGAAAGUAUAUAACAUGCUUCACGAGCGAGACUACGAAGGUUUUGCCGCUUUACACAAGGCUGUAUUUGUAAGCAGUGUACAAAUUGCCACUUAUCUGGUGUCUCUUGGGGCUAAUGUUAACAUUCAGGAUGCUAAAAGUGGACGUUCCCCACUUCAUCAUGCAGUUGAGGCUGGUAACUUGUCCAUGAUCAACUGCCUUUUGUACCAGUGCAGUGCAGACCCAGAUGCCAUGACAUUUGGUGAAGUGACACCUCUUCAUAUUGCUGCAGGACGGGGAAUGGAAGCUGUGGUAGCUCUGUUACUUGCUGCCGGUUCUGAUCCAAGCCUAACAAACUAUGAGGGUGAAUCACCUCUUAAUAUUGCUGCCUCUAAACAGGUGAUUACUAGUGGAGCCCUUAUGUUGAAAUCUCUCAGAUUCAUGACAUGGUGAAGUCUACCUUCUAAGCUUAAAAUAGAGUUACAGACAAGAAUGGAAGGAGUGGAUUUCAAACCCCCUGAAUAUUUUAAAAAACCCACACAAUGGCAGGCUGGUAACUUCCCAAACAAGCCUGUGCAAUUGACACUAUCAUACCUUAUAAAUUUACAUAGCAUUACAAAAGCAAGAUUUUUCUAGAGCCUUGAGGCUACUUCCUAUAUCAAAUCACAGACAUUUUACUGCAUGAAACUGCACGCUUUAUUGCUAUUAUUGAAAAAAAAUUUUUUUUUGUUGCUGUCUUGUCUGAACCAAAUAGAUAAAAGUGAUUUUUACAUAGUUGCUAACAAAUCAAGAACGUAAAUUUGAACUGGUCUAUGUGUGCAAUUACAGUUCCUUGUGAGACUUGAUGCCAAGAUAUCUUAGAUCAAAUAAAAUUCAGUUUUAGAAUAGUACGUCUCUUCCAUUUAUAAAGUAUACCAUUAGAAUAAGUAGGAUAAAUACUGACCCCAAAGAAAGUUCUAUUGUUUAUCAAUGGUAACAUUCUAGGGGUAAGUAAAGCACAGUUUUCAUUCUUUGACACAUUACAAGGCGGUUUUCAUAAGUAGCUGGCAGCCAGUGACGCUAAAUGCUUUGCAAAAGAUAUUCUGUUUGGAAAGUGUCCUGAUUCUGUUCCCUUUCACCCCCAAGAUCUUGAUAUCAAUUCUCUUUACUGCCAACCAUAAUCCUCUUCUAUUUUUGCCAUGGGAAUUAAGGGUCAUUUAACAUAACAAUAUCCCUUGGUUGAUAUUUCUUAUUAUUGACAUCAACCCUGUGCUCUACAAUGUCAAAAUAUUGAAAGAAGAAAUUUCUUACCAGUCACUUUGAGGUGAAAUGUUAAGUAAGAGUUGACAUAAUUAGCCACUACAGCAGUGAUAGCAUCUACAAUUUCACAUUUCAAUAUAUUUCCAUAGCAUCCAUCAUGAACAUAACAUACUCAUCAGGCCUUUGAAUGACUUCACGAGUUACUUACUAUUACAAGCAUACAUGGGAAAGGUACUCAUGUAUGGCUCUCCUUUCCAGCCCAAAGCAGGUGUUAGAUAAUCUUUAAUGAAUUUGCUCCAACAUGGUUAUGACCAUGUUUUAAACAUGAUAAUGUUUAAUGGGUAGCUACAAAUACUGUCAUCUUAGCAAUGUUGUAAAGAAUUCAAAUAAUCAAA